AUGGCGGAUGGACAAGAUUGGCGUUCUCAAAGUUUUAGAAAUCAGCUUGUUGCUCAAAUUGACGAUGCUAUCCGACAAGCAGGACCCCACAUUAGUAAGACCAGCCAAGAGAUGGAAACACAUGUACAUAACAAAGCCAAAUCUAAGGAGGAAUACCUAGCUCUGGUAGCCAGACUUAUUCUACACAUAAAAGACAGUAAUAAAGAUAAACAGCAACCCAGACAACAACAACAGAUGAUGAUGGGUCAGCCUGCGGGUAGACAGAUGGGUCAAAUGAACCCCCAAAUGGCUGGACGACCCAUCCAGGACCCGAUCAAUGCUUUAACCAACUUGACCAGACCCAUGCAACAACAACAACAAGGAAUGCCACACAUGAUGCAACAUCGACCAAUGCAGAUGUCUGCUGCUCAGAUUCGUUUCCAACAGCAACAGAUGCAGCAACAAAAACCUCAACUACAGAGACAAGAUGCUUUCAUUGUGACGUCACCUCAAACAAACCCUGUACAGAGUCAACCAUUGCCGGCUUCAGCUGCUAAUUUGCCGUUUCAAAGUCAACCUCAAACGAUGCAGAGACAAGUUCCUCAGAUGCCACAGCAUAUGUCACAAGUACCAUCUCCUGCUCAAAUUUGUUCCCCAGCUGUAUUCACAGCUCCCUCACCACAAUCAAUGGUCGCCCCUUCUCCUGUUAAUCGUGGUGCAGUUGGAGUGCUCUCCCCUGGUGCAGCCUUGAACACACCAGGUAACCCAGGUUCAGUAGGGGCAGCCCCUAGUCCCAGUAACCAACGCAUCAAUGAUGAGCAGAUUUAUAUGGAGAAACUACAACAAUUAUCAAAAUAUGUCGGCCCACUCAGUAAAAUGGUGGAUCGCUUGGAAAAAGAUGAAAGUCAGAAACUGGAACAUUUAAAAAUGAAAAAUUUACUAGACAUUUUAACUGACCCGACCAAAAGGGUGACGUAUGCUACACUAGAAAAAUGUGAAAUUGUUUUAGAAAAAAUGGGAAAACAUGUGACCCAAUCUCAACCGCAAACAUCUUCCAGUGUAUUUGAAUCAUUGUACGAGUCUAUAGCCUCUAAUAUCCAGUCACCUAGUAUUAAUCAUAGUCUACAGAGAACAUUUGGUCCAGCAAUUUCAGCCUUUUUUGGACCUGCUAUAAAAGCUCCAGUAGAACCUUGUAAAAAACGUAGAAAAUUAGAAGAAGAUAAAAAAGAAGGAUUAUCUAACGUUUUACAGGGUGAAAUAGCUCGUCUACACUCUAGAUUUCAUAUCAGUGUGGACAGUCUACAACAUUCUAGUAACACUUCUGUUCAUUUGAUUUGUAAAUUAGAUGAUAAAAAUCUCCCUAGUGUUCCUCCAUUAAUAGUAAAAAUUCCCAAAACUUACCCCCAGGGUACCCCAGAAUGUGACACAGAAUCUGAAGGAUACAAUUCAACGCCAUUUUUCCAGAAUAUUCAGAAACAUUUGGAGCAGUCUCUGUUAAACAUGUCUAAUAAAUAUUCUUUAUCAUCAUUAUUAUAUUCCUGGGAAAUGAGUGUGAGAAGAUCUUGUGAAGAUUGAAAAUAUCACAAAAACUGUCUUAUCUCUAUAGAAAUGCUACCAUAUAGCAUUUUGAAAGUCUUUGGAGUGCUAAAAUCUCUUUUCAGACACAGACUAAGUCAAUUAUCUGAUUUAAUGUUGUAUAAAUCAUGUAUUUAGCAAAUAAUCAAAUCACUUUUAAUCGGAUGUAAAUCAAAUAGGAGAUCACACAAAUUGAGUUGAAUGGUUGUUAUAUUGGCCUGUAAACUGUUAUCAUUUUAAAGUUGUCUCUAAAUAUGGGAUUAUUUGCCUAUCAAAUCUGAUUGGAACUUGGAAUUUACAUGUGUAUUUGUAUUGGUAUUACCAGACAAAGGGUGCUAAUGAUAAGAUAUACAUUAUGGUGCUUGAAAUAUUCUGCAAAACAGACUGAAUCUGGCCACUUUACUGGGCCCUCCGUAUACAUGAAUAAGUGUAAGAAAGUGUAUACAAUCCCAUAAUUGCAUCCCUUUUGUUUGACUCGUAAUUCCAAUUAUGUAGUCACAUGCUUGUUAUAUUAAAGAAUUAAAGAUGGUGAACAGAAAGUUGUGAUGCAUUAAAUUAUUU